AUGGCCGCAAGAGCUCCCGCUGGUCGACCUGGCGCAGGCGGCCGAUUUGCCCAAUUCAAGCUCGUGCUUCUCGGUGAAUCCGCAGUGGGAAAGAGCUCAUUAGUGCUUCGUUUCGUCAAAGACCAAUUUGAUGACUACCGCGAAUCCACGAUCGGCGCUGCCUUUUUGACACAAACAAUCUCCCUAGAUGAGAACACGACGGUCAAGUUUGAGAUCUGGGAUACUGCGGGUCAAGAAAGAUACAAAUCACUGGCGCCCAUGUACUACCGGAAUGCAAACUGCGCCGUUGUUGUUUACGAUAUCACACAGGCCGCAUCGCUGGACAAAGCAAAGUCGUGGGUAAAAGAGCUGCAGAGACAAGCCAACGAGAACAUCAUCAUUGCUCUAGCGGGCAACAAAGUCGAUGUGGUCAACGAACAUCCCGAUAAGCGUGCUAUUCAGACCGCCGACGCGGAAGCCUAUGCUAAAGAGGCCGGCCUGCUAUUCUUCGAGACAUCGGCCAAGACAGCGACCAACGUACACGAACUCUUCACAGCCAUUGCCAAAAAACUUCCUCUUGAUCAAGCCGGGCCCCGCAACUUGAGAUCGAACCCCCGCCCAGGAGUGGACCUGCGACCUGAAUCAACCACAACGCAAGGAGCUGGUGGUUGCCAGUGUUAA